AUGACAGAGGCGACGAAGGUGUUGUACAUAGUGGUGGUGGACGAUGAAGCUAAGAGAGAGAAAGGAAAGGAGUCUUUUCGAUAUACGCGCCCUGUUUUGCAAAGCUCUUUGCAACUCAUGGGCUGCAAGCCUCGGCAUGCCUUUAAGAUUAGCCAGCGGGUUUUCGAAUUGAUAAGAAACGAAAGCUCAUCUAGUGUAUUGCUUCCAGAAGGAACAGAAAAUGUUUCCCCUAGUAAAGCUGAGGCUUGCAAGCAUUUUGUUUCAGGGAAGGAUGACAGCAAUAAGAGUGUUCCAUUUGAAUUGUACAAAAUACGCACGACUGUUGUUGUUACGAGAGAAACUUUCUUAGAUGUUGUUUGUGAUGCUUUGGCUGAGUACAAGUAUGUCGGUCCCAACCAGAGGGCGGACUUAGCUUUGGCAUGCAGAAUCCGUGAAAGGAAGGAAUCUGUGACUGUACUGUUGUGUGGCACUAGUGGCUGUGGAAAAUCUACUUUGUCCUCAUUGCUGGGUAGUAGGUUGGGAAUCACAACUGUGAUAUCUACUGACUCAAUUCGGCACAUGAUGAGGAGUUUUGUGGACGAUAAACAAAACCCUCUGCUCUGGGCUUCAACCUACCAUGCUGGGGAGUGCUUGGAUCCAGUGUCUGUUGCAGAAGCAAAAGCCAAAAAGAAAGCCAAAAAAUUAGCUGGAACUUUACACUCACUUCCCAAAGAUGGAAUGCCUGAUGGCUCUGCCUUUGGGAAAUCUGAUACCCGGAUGUCAGAUGUUGGUUCGAGUACUGCUGAAUUGAUCAGUCCAAAGCAGAUGGCAGUUGAAGGGUUUAAAGCACAAAGUGAGAUGGUGAUUGACAGUCUUGAUCGGCUUAUCACUGCAUGGGAGGAACGAAGAGAAUCAGUUAUUGUCGAAGGUGUUCACCUUAGUCUUAAUUUUGUGAUGGGGCUUAUGAAGAAACACCCUUCUAUCAUUCCAUUCAUGAUAUACAUCACAAAUGAGGACAAGCACAUGGAACGAUUUGCCGUUCGUGCAAAGUAUAUGACGCUGGACCCAGCAAAGAACAAAUAUGUGAAAUAUAUCCGAAACAUCAGAACAAUCCAAGAAUAUCUCUGCAAGCGAGCUGACAAGCAUCUUGUCCCCAAAAUUAACAAUACUAAUGUUGACAAGAGUGUGGCAGCCAUCCAUGCAACCGUCUUCAGUUGCCUGCGUAGGCGUGAAGCAGGGGAGCAACUUUAUGAUCCCCCAAGAAACACAGUUACUGUAGUGGAUGAGGAGUACAGGAACCAGUGUGCAGCCAAUUCUUUGAGUUCUAAGGGGAUGUUUCAGCUGAUCCAGAGGAAAGGUUCAACUAGGCAUCUGAUGGCUCUUGUAAAUACUGAUGGAUCUGUGGCAAAGGCAUGGCCUGUUGAUUCAGUUGAUAGGAAUGGGAAGCCUAUAUUUUGCCAUGGGACUGACUUGGAGAUUGGCAGUGCAGAGCAAGUAAAUCUUCAGUUUGGUCUCUAUGGGAUCAGUGCUUGGCCCAGUGAUGGUGGCCCGAGUUGUGCUGGAAGUGUGGAUGAGUCGAGGGCUGAUGGAACUGAGAUUGGAAGAAGUCAUCCCUCUUCUUGCUGCAGCUCGCCACGGAUAUCUGAGGGGCCUGCCAAAGAGCUGAAGGAAGAAAAUUCAGUGCAUGGAAGUGAUGAAGAGGUUGAUGAAGAGGCUGAUGCAGGCAGUGAUGAGGAAUUAAGUGAUGAUGGUGACAAACAGGACUAUGAAGAGAUAGGGUCAGUGGAUGAGGAGUCUACAAAAUCGGAUGAAGAGUACGAUGACCUUGCAAUGCAGGACGUGCAGGGAAAUGGAUACUGGUCAGGGGAGGAGAAGAGAGGGGACAAUCCUAAGAUUUUCCCUGUUUCCGAUGAUCAAUCAGCUGAUAAAGAAGGGGAUAAGGAUGGAAUCGGUUGUUUUUUCAAUCUCUGUUCAAGAUGUAUUGGCCCACUAUUCACCAAGUUGCUGAGGCCAGCAAGGGGAGGAGUUGCAUCUGGCUGA